AUGCCGGUGCCGGCCCGUAGCAGCACUCACGUGCGUGGCCACAGCGACCGGGAGGUGCUGAGCCGCUUGGAGGAUUUGCUGCGGCAGCGCCGAGAGUCGGCGGAGGCGAAGGCCUCCGGGAAAGUGACACCGUCCUCUCCGAGAGCCUGGCGGCCCGGGGGUCUCCGUUUGGACACCCAGGCGUCUCUGCCUUUGGUGGCGACCACUCCCCGAGGCCGCGGCCGUGGCCUGGAGGCGCUGGCGCGGCCCAGGGCGCCGGCGGAGGCGUUGGACUUCCUUAAGGCCUUGGCGAAGCGCUUCUCCAAGGACCCCACGCUGCGGCGCAUGCUGAAGCAGUGCCUGGACGGCAAUCCCCGGCCUGGCCUCGACUCCGAGUACGACCUGCUGGUGGAGACCAAGAUCUUGAAGCAAGCCAGCCGCGAUAAGACACCCCACGCGGCUGCCGGACUGCUGGACGGCAGGUUGAAGCUGAAGGACCCAGCGGGGCUCAACGAGGGCUCCUUCCAGCAUUGGCUCAACGCCGACAGCGAGCGUGCGGCGAGGUUUCUGAACCUUCUCCGCGGCGAGGGGGAAACCACCCGCAAGAUGCUGGGGCUUAUGUGGCGCCGAGCCAAAGAGUGCCUGAAACGUGGGGCGCGCCUUGGGCCCUGCGGGCCGGUGGUUCCUAGGGGCAAAAGCGAGCACGACCUGCCUGCGCUGUUCAUUGUGGAGGACACCUUUGCACAGCUUUGCCGCAAGUACAGCGCGAACCAGGCGUAUGUGCGCUUUGGCCCGUACUACUUGUUCCGCAGAGUUUCGGAGAAGGAUCAGAAAGAGUCCUUUGAGGGCAUCGACCUGGGCGGCGCUGUGGUGGAAUGCCCCACGCGCCACGCCAACUGCCAGGCAUCAAGCAGCGGCAUGGGCUACGAGCCCAAGAAAGCCCUGGACACAGGGUGGCACCCGCAGAUCACGCUGCCCGAGUUCAGCAGUGGCGGCUCCUGGUGGCAAGUGGACUUGGGCCGCCUUCACAGCUGCACGGGCGUACGCUUGCAGUGGCGUCUCCCUCAGAGAAAGGAGGUGCGCUACGAGACCCGCUACGCGCUGCGCUCGGACCUGAACCUGAGCGGAGGCCUAGGAGAGCCCAUUCUGGUGACCUACGUGCGGGAGGGUGGGCCCGCCUGGCUCGCCGGGGUGCAGUUGGGCGAUGCGCUGCAGUUGGAUGCUGGCGGCGAUGGGGACGGCACCUUCCUGGAGCUGGCACCCAUGGCGGCGCUGGCAAAGCUCCAAGAGGAGUCCACGCUGGCGCUGACCUUUGUCUUCCAGGCCGCGCCUUCACGGGCGCAGGCCAAGCACAAGCUCGAGGUGAAGCUCCUGGCCGGCAAGUCGGAGGUUGGUGGAGACAGCUGGGAGCAGAUCUCGAAGCAGGAGCUGACCAUCUCCGCUGACAAGCCCUGCGUCGUGCCGGGCUUCUUCGUAGCUCGCUGGGUACGUCUGGAGUUCUCCGCUUGGCCACAGGUCGACGGCAAGGCGUUGGCGCUCUCCGUGCAGGUGGUAAAGGUGUGGCGGCUCGCGCCGCCACUGUUCCGCCAGCGGUUCUUGGAGAUGCUUAGGAGAGCUGAGAGGGCGAGCGUCAAGGCCAGUGCCCUCCCCGGCCCCGACAGGUUCUGGGCCACUGCCGUGCACGGACAGAGCUUCAACAUGGUCAUCAACAUGGACCUGGUGCGUCGCCUCAAACGUGGCCCGGACGCCGCCAAUGAGAACGAGCAGCAGGCCUUGGAGAAGAUGUCUAGAAAGGACAAGAAGGAGUUCCACAUCCUCCGCACUGAUGAGGCCGUGGCGCUGCGGCACCGCAUCUUCGCCAAGGAGGAAGAUGUCCGGGAGUGCACCUUUCAUCCGCACACCAUCUCCGAGCGGACGGACCGCGCGGAUCCGGACAAGGAGCCAGGCAUCAAAGAGUUCGUCAAGGACCUGGGCGAGAACUACGAGGUGCGCAAGUACCCCAACUACUGGAUGGUGCACCGCUACGCCAUGCUGAACAAGGCCAAACGCCUCUUUGUCCAAGGCUCCUUGAACGCCUCUAUGGAGAAGUUGCAGCGUGUGCAGCAGAUCCUGGACCGUUUCCGGUGCUUUCACAAGGGCUGCGGCAGGUUGCUGGAUCAGAAGGUGGAGAUAUGCGCCUGUUCCGGCUUCUACUGCCAUACCCACAAGCCCCACGCCGUCCACAACUGCAAGGAGAUGAAGAAGAUUCUCACCGACAAGGCGCGCGAAGCCAAAGAUCUGGAGAUCAAGCUGCGGGAGGAGGGCGAGAAUCCACCACCUGAGGAGAAGUUCGACAACAAGGUCGAGCUGGGGCUCAUCUUGGAGGUCCGCGAGCUCGCAGAGAACAUCUCCAGGGCCAUGCAGGAGAAGGAGCGGCAGCGGAACGGCCUGGAGCGGCUGGGCCAGUCGCUGGCGGCCUUCGGUGCGGUGCGGCUCAUGGAGAGGCCUUUCCGGCGGCACAUGUGCCAACGAGCCCUGGAGAAGCGCCGCUGCUGGUCCUCGGAGGGUGGCUCCAAGACGCCCGUCUUGGGCAAGUGGGCAAAGGAGGCGUGCAGUUGCUCCAAGGCCCACAGCCCCCACGAGCUCCGCUUCCCAGCGGGCGAGUCCGUGCACCGCCGCAUCGCCUGGGUGAAAGAGGCCGUGCAAGAGGCGGCCCAUAAGGCGGACGUGAGGCCCAACUCCGCGGCAGAGAGGCACAAGAUGAGGAAGGAAAAGCGGAUCCGGCCACCACCUUUGCCCAAGUCCAAAGGUGCCAACCGGACUUCCAGCGAGCCGCGGCCGGCGCGGAAGUUGCAGAAGAGCCUGGAUGACAAGGCGGUUGGCCUGAAGCGCAGCUUCGGGCUGUGCUGUGAGGCCCGGGUGAAGCUCGAGGCGAGCGAUGUGGGAGAGGCGCAGGAGUUAGUGCGACAGGCGAAGGUUCUUGCCAGGAGCCUGCUGGUGGGCAGUGACCAAGAAGGCCCAGGCUCGCCGGGAGCUCGCGCCUUCCGCGACUGCGAGAAGCAGGAGCUCACGCAGAUGCGCACGGCGAUUCAGCAAGAGGCCCAAGAAAUGCUGGAGCUGUGCGAAAUGCUGGAGGAAGAGGUGCAGGAAGAGCAGGGCAAGCUUCCUCCGCCACCGCCGCCGCCGCGCAUCAUGCUGAAUGGCAGCUUCAAACUCGAAGGUGACAGCAAAUUUGAAGGUGCGGCAUCGCCCGGGCGAUGCGCGGGCGAGAGGCUUCAGGUCCGGAAGGCCCUGGAAGACGAUGCUGCGCUUAUGCGGUUGCUGGUCAACGCUGCUGAUGACAUCCCGCCAGGAAGCGAGGCACCAAAGAAGAGGGAGAUGUGUCUGGAUUUUCUGGAGACGGGCCAUUGUGUGAUGGAGCGAGACUGCCCGCACGCCCACUUCCCGGAGGAGCUCCAAGGGCACAAGUCGUCUUGGAGUCUGGACUUUCUCAGCUCGAGUGUGCAGGUGCGAGCUCCGGCGAAGGCGGGCGCAGGUUUGGCGGCGUCACAAGGCCUUGUCAGCCCAUCGGCCAAGCGCUGGUGA